AUGAACCACACUUGGAUGUAUAACCUGAGCUUUGGUGCACCUGCACAUCCUGUUGAGCCAAGGGCUGGACUCUCACGAAGUGGGCACACAGUAGUGGCUGUUUUUCUCGGAUUAAUCUUGUUUUUUGGUUUCUUGAAUAACUUGAUUGUCCUCAUCCUCUUCUGCAAGUUUAAAACCCUGCGUAACCCAGUCAACAUGCUUCUCCUGAACAUCAGCGUCAGUGACAUGUUAGUGUGCAUCUCAGGCACUACCCUCAGUUUUGCGUCCAACAUCCGUGGCAAAUGGAUCGGAGGGGACCAUGCUUGUAGGUGGUAUGGCUUUGUCAAUUCCUGCUUUGGCGUUGUGUCCCUGAUCUCCCUGGCUGUGCUGUCCUACGAGCGCUACAGCACUCUCACCCUGUGCCACAAGCGCAGCGAUGAUUUCCGCAAGGCUCUGCUGGCAGUUGGUGGUUCUUGGAUUUAUUCCUUGGUCUGGACCGUGCCACCUCUGCUUGGUUGGAGCAGUUAUGCGGUAGAAGGCGCAGGCACAAGCUGUUCAGUACGCUGGUCCUCAGAGUCAGCUGAGUCCACGUCCUACAUCGUCUGUCUCUUCAUCUUCUGCUUGGUUGUCCCCGUGAUGGUCAUGAUGUACUGCUACGGGCGCCUCCUGUACGCUGUCAAACAGGUUGGAAAAAUCCACAAGAAUGCUGCCCGCAAAAGGGAAUACCACGUCCUGUUCAUGGUGAUCACUACAGUUAUCUGUUAUCUGGUGUGCUGGAUUCCAUAUGGGGUUAUAGCAUUACUUGCAACAUUUGGCAAACCAGGUGCUGUGACUGCAGUUACAAGCAUCAUACCUUCCAUCCUAGCAAAAAGCAGCACUGUUUGCAAUCCCAUUAUCUACAUACUUAUGAAUAAGCAGUUUUACAAAUGCUUUCGUCAGCUUUUCCACUGCCAACCUCCUCCCUCCACUGAUGGAGAGCCGACCUGCCAUUCCAAGGUAACCGUUAUCCAGCUGGAUCAGAGGGUGGAUGGUGGCAAUGUGUGCAAUAAUGAACCACAUCCAGAAACAGACAGUAAAAUGACUUCUCUCCUGUGCCCAGAGACAACUUCAAAAGCUACACCACCAACAUCUUAA